CUCAGUUUUUUUGUUGUUGUUAUUGUUGUUGUUUUCGGAGAUGCUCGCAUUGGCAGCUUUCAUUGUGGCGCUGGGUGCCGCGCCGUUUCUCCUGUUCAACGUUGCUCUGAGUGUUGGCUCGGUGCUUGGCGUGCUGGCUGCAAUUCUCGCGGCCUUGGUUGGCAGUGCGCAGGUCAUGAUGAUGACCGACAACUACAAGGAGCACUCAUCAAAGAACGCCACAGCGCCCAGUCAACGCGGCGGCGUGUCGGGUGGCACUGUCGCUGCACUCACCUCAAUGAAGCUGUACGACGCAUCGACGACAUCCAGUGGCGCAACCAGCAGCAGCAGCAGUCGUAGCAUGAUGGGAGCGAUCGCCGACUGGUUCGUGUCGUCAGCGCUCUCUGUCGCGUCAUCUCGAUCGUUGCUCAAUCGCAAGGGCCCUUCGCCAGACUCGGACGACGGCGACGAUGAUGCCAAUGAUGACGACGCUGCAUCCGACGAUCUCGCGUCUGGCCCGCCGAGCACUCACACGCAGCGGUUGGCGGGAAUCGAGCAGCAUUACAAUCCGGCCUCCGCUGACGAGUGCGAUGCGCUGCGAGCGUUCAAGCACGUCCAGACGAACACGCAGUGCAUCUUUGCUCCACGCGCCAAGCUGUGGGGUUCACGGAACUGGGAUGACUACAUUUCCCUCGAUGCAAACAUUUAUCGCUCCAUCCCGAUGGUCCUCCGAUUCUGUCAAGCGUUGGACAUGGACGAGUUGCUCGACGGAUUUGUGUUUGCCAUUCCGUCCACUCCGUAUGGCGCCACCGUGGACGCCUUUGCCGGCACAGUCAACCGCGUGCUUCGCAUGCUUUCGCACUACGAUCCUGCAGGUGUUCGCAUCAUGGAGAAAUCGUAUGUGGGUCAGCGCGGCUGGGCGUUCGAGCUGGCUGGCGAACCCUUCUUUGUGACCACGUUUGCGCCGUUCUACCCUCCAAAUCACAGCCGACACGCGUUCGGCGCUCGCUGGGACGACUCUGCCACGAACGAGGGGGCCGAGCAACCACAACCAUCGGUCAGCCCGUCCACCAGCACCGCUACCAACGAUCUUUCACCCGCGCAGCUCAGCGACCGGUUUUGCUUUGUUCUGUUGCAGCCGGAACGGUCGUUUGUUCGACGCAAGAUUGGAGACGACACUCCACACACCAACUGGGCUGUGCCAGUCACCCCUCGCGACCGCAUUCGUGCUGCCUAUCGUGACGCCGGUCGAGAGUACAUUGUGCCGCCGUCCAUCCACUAUCCGACCGCCAACCAUAUUGUAGAAGCAGUGCAUCCGCACAGCGACCCGAUUGUUGAGUUUUGGAAGCAAAAGCCAGUGUCUGGGUAGUUUUGGCUGUGAUUGCGUUUGGUGUUGUCGUCAUUUGUAUAUUAUUAUUAUUUUUUCAUGAAAAAAGCACCCUUGUCGCC